UUUACAAAACAAAAACAUUGUAAAGUUUGUGGUAAAAAAUUACAAUUUGAAAAAUUGGUACUAUUUUUUCAUCGUGGUCGUCGUCGACAAAUUGAAAACGUGAUACAUAGUUGCAACACUUUAUCAGUUGGCCAACGCGGUUGUUUAAGCAAGAAAGAAGACAACAAAAAUAGUGCAUUGGUUUUAAGCAUAUUAUGGUAAUUGAAUCGAUCCUUGCAUCGGCUGUUGAACCGCAUGUGAACAUGUUUUCAUUCUGUAUCUUUAGUAAUGUCGUGCCCACUAAAUAGACUAUAAACACAGCUUGAUUUGUUUUUGAAUACGAACUGCUGCGUGUAUAUGCGUUUCAAAAACAAUUUGAUUAUAAUUAGAUUAAAUUUCGUAGAUAACAAUCAAUUGGACAACAGUACAAAUGCAGUGAGCGAAUGAGAACAUUUAAACGUAAAUCGUUAGUGUUGAUGCAUUUUCUUGAAUUCACAUGCCAAUGAAAAAUUGAAAGAAAGAGAAAAAAACCGAAGGAGCCAACGGAAAAAAAACGGUUGAUUCUUUAUGAUUUGUUGAAAUUUGAGACAUUCAAAUGGAUUUUUAAACGGUGUAAACAGUUGUUGAAAUUUAGAUUUGAAUUGAUAACGAAAGGAAACGACAACGAAAACACAAUAUCAACGAGUUUCUCUUAUCGAGAUCGAAUUUGGCACAGGAUUUGGAAUGAAACGAUGGCGGCGAAUUUGAUAAAUCAGCCGAUUUCAUGACAACUGAAUCCAAAUUAAUUUUUUUUUCUUUUUAUUUCGAGUAUACACUUCUUUUUUGACUUUAAUGAAGCACACUAGUUUCAACAACAUUCAGUGCCUUAUGUUGGUUUUUGUGUGUCAAUGAAGAAGAAAAAAAAUUCGAUUUCGUGAGUGCUUCGAAUGAAUACAGACAGCAAAGCAAAAAUGACUUAAUUUUCUAUUUCGCCCAAUUACUACUCGAAAAUCAAUCGUAUGGUUUCAUUUAUAGUUCACCACAAAAAAUAUAGUGUUUAUUUUGCCGCGUGUGCUCUUAACACAAACCACUCAUCCCGACUCACUCUCUUGCACACCGGCAGAAUUCAAAUGUAAAAAUUUCGAAUCGUAAUUAUGCUGAGUACAAGUUUAUGACGCCAUCGACAUAUUCCGUACACGCGACAGCUUUCAAACCAAGACACACCAUCAGAAUGAAAAAUAUAACCAAACUAUGGACCGGAAUUGUGUUAUUACAAUUGAUUGUUGUUGCGUUUGCAGCCGACCCCAAAUUCGAUCCGACUACGCUUAUGCGAUUAGUUUUAGUGCCAGCUGAUGCAGCAGUUGGAUCGGUUAUUUACCGCCUCCGUGCAUCCGAUGAAGAAUUUGAUUAUCCAUUGACAUUUGAACUCGUUGAUGGUGCGUCAUCAUCAACAGUUCAAAUUGAAAACUUAGAAUGUACGAAAUACAAUUCAAUUUGCCAAGCUAAUGUGAUUUUGAUACGACGAUUGGAACCGGGACGAUACUAUGACUUCAAGGUUUCUGUUAAAGACACCAAAGGUGGUAUGACACAACAGAGCUGCUCAAUAACAGCUACUAAUUAUACGACCCCGCAUGAUCUAAUAUUUCCACACAAAGCUGGCAUUAUUAUGGUGCCCGAGGAUGCAAAACGUGGUACAAUGCUCGACUAUGUCAUUGCGCGUAAGAAUCCGCUUUAUUCGAAGGAUGUAAUUUUAGAACUGCAUGGAUCACCGUUGUUUGCCAUUCGCCAAAAAAUUGUAUCGCCAUCGACUACAGAAGGCACUAUCAUUUUGCUGGGACCAUUAGAUUUCGAAAUGAGAUCCAUGUUUCAUUUGACAAUACUAGCAAAUGAUGCAUAUGCCGAACCAGGUCAAGAUACUAGAAACAUUGCCGGGCUUGAAGUAGUCGUAAUUGUACAGGAUAUACAAGAUGUGCCACCAAUUUUCACAAGUGCUCCACCAGUAACUCGACUUCCAGCUUCUCUACUGCCAGGUGACAAGAUUUUGCACGUUCGUGCCGAAGACGGUGAUAAAGGGAAUCCAAGAGAUAUAAGAUAUGGCCUUGUUUCGGAGAACAAUCCAUUCACAUCAUUCUUCACCAUAAACGAUACUACCGGUGAAAUAUUUUUGCUGAAGCCAAUCGACGAAAUAUCAGCCAUUACGCAUGUUGGAGACCCAGUGCUGCUUACCGUUAUUGCCGAAGAGGUGAAAACUUCGCGUGACGAACCACCAGCCAUGGCAACAACCGUUCAAUUAGCAUUACUCCUUCCAGAACGUGUCAAUUCACCGCCAUAUUUUGAAAACGAUCAUUACGUUGCGCGAAUUGAUGAGAAUGCCCUUCAAGGUACAGCCUUAAUAUUCAGCGAACCGUAUAUUCCGCAUGUUUACGAUGAUGAUACCGGUAAAAAUGGUGUCUUCUCAUUGACACUACUCGGAAAUAAUGGAACUUUUGAAAUAUCGCCAAAUGUUGCAGAGCGUCGUGCCAAUUUUCUUAUUUACGUUCGUGAUAAUCAUCUUCUGGAUUAUGAAAUGAGACACUCGGUUCAAUUUCAAAUUUUAGCUCAAGAGCUCGGUCCAGCCACUAAUUUAUCGAGUGUGGUUAAUGUCAUUGCAUAUAUUAACGAUUUGAAUGAUAAUCCUCCGGUAUUCGAGCGUGACAUAUAUAUCGCAGAGAUACCCGAGAAUAUUACAGCUGGUCGACGAGUUACAGAGGUGCAUGCUACUGACAUAGAUACAGUUGCCGGUGGUCGAAUACGAUACACUCAAAUAUUCGGCUAUUUGAAUACAUCGCUGAAUCUUAAUUCGGACAAUGGAAUGAUCAUUAUUUCAACUGACAAUCAUGGAUUCGAUCGGGAAAUGAUGCCCGAAUAUCAUUUAUAUGUGGAAGCGCGUGAUAAUGAUGGCACCGGCAACAGUGCUCAAGUUCCAUUAAUUUUGAAAAUUAUCGAUGUGAACGAUAAUGCGCCGAUUUUCGAAAAGCCCAUUUAUGAAUUUAUUCUGUCAUCAAAUCUACGGAAUUUCACAAUACCAGCAUAUGUGAAAGCAAUUGAUGCCGAUGCCGAACAACCAAAUAAUGUGGUUCGCUAUGAAAUUAUAAGCGGAAAUUAUGAAAAUAAAUUUCGACUGGACAAACAUACAGGUCAGUUAAUGCUGGUCUCACCGCUUGUGAUUGAUCGACAAAAGUCACCUGCGAAUCGUUUAUCACGCGAUACAGAUGUUUACACGCUGACAAUACGCGCAUACGAUUUAGGUGUGCCGGUUAUGUUUUCAACAAUAAAUGUUCGCAUUUAUCCGCCCGAAAGUAAAACGCGAAGCGUUACAUUUGUAUUGCCCGGUCACAAUAUAGACCGUAAAAAGACUGAAGAUAUAUUAUCAACAAUUACCGGUGGCCGUGUGAUUAUUCACGACAUACAACCAUAUAAUGACGAUCAAUUGAAUGAAGGGGCUGUUGAUGACACCGACGGCAGCAACAUUAAAAUUGUCGAUGGUGCAAAUAACAAAAAAGAUCUAAGUGUAGUCACCGCAACCGUUCUGUAUGACAGUAAUUCAGUUGUUGAUAUUUCGCAAAUACAAAAAAGAUUAUCACUAAACAAUUCAACGUCUGGCAUUUCAAUUCGAGACAACAACGAUGCUGAGAAUGUUUAUAAGGCUGAAAAUAGAGUUCUGUUUUGGAUACUCAUUUGCUUUGCCAUUUUAAUUGCUCUGGCAAUUUUAACGUUAUUAUUGUGCUGUGCGUGCCCAUGGUGUCCAUUGUACAAUGCAACUCGAAAAAAUGUGAUUAGGGAUCGUAGUACUGAAGACGAUGUUCAUCUAGUUCAUAGAGAGUUGGACGUAGGCAAACAAACAAAUAAAUCUGUUCAGGUGGCGGAAUGGAUGGGACGACGAGAAGCGUGGUCAGCAGAGAAAUCAUCGGACUCACGGACAAAACCAACGCACUGGGAGUACGCCCGUCGGCGAGACGAACAUCGCGAAAAUAUAGAAGCGGACAGUAUACAUGGCACUAGUGCUAAACAUGUACGCUCAGACGAUGACAAACGAACAGUGAAAAUUAAAAAUAAUUUUAAAGAGGUGAGAGCAGCCAAAGAAACUCAAUUCCAUAGUUCCCGUACUAAUUUAAUAAGUGAACGAGAAGGAUAUGCGGACGAUACGGAUUUAGAAUUUGAACAAAGAAAGAGCAAGCAUAUUGACGACAUGGAUUCGAUGCGACGUCAUGAAAUCGAUCGAGGCAGUGAUGUUGGCUACGAAACACGUUCCAGCCCAAAACGACAAGAUGACGAACCAACGAAUAAUCGUGAUCAGUAUUUCAUAAAAGAGGGCAAUGCCGAAAUUUUGCGAUUGAUAACACGCGGUAAAAAUGAUGAUGAAAAUAUUUACGUGAAUAUUCCACCACAACAGCCUCAAUACAUAAUGGUCGAAAAUGGUGGCAAAGAUAUUCUCAUGAAACGUUUCAUUGACGAACAAGUCAAUGGCAAACAUAUAAUUCGUGAGCAUUAUCAAAUUGUGCCAACAAUGCAAACACAAAAAAUUGGCGACGAUAUGCAAAUGGCUCAACAUGUCAGCGAAAUUUAUGUGAACAAAUCACAACCGGGCAGCAUGAUUUAUUCACAAACCGAUCAACAGCCAGAACAAAAAAUUAUACACACAAAUUCGGCUCAAACGGCACCGAAUUUAAGUGUGCCAGAAGCACAGCUACAACAUGCAUAUUCGAAUCAAUCGUUGAUUCAACAAGAAUUGGAAAAUUCGUUAAAACAACAAAAUGCAUUGUUGCGUCAAAUUUUAUUAGAAAAAGAGAAAUUACAAGAGAAAUAUAGUCAACAAGAGAUUGCACUUGAAACUCAAAGCCUGCCGGGACAUUCAACGGCAAUUGCAACACAAACCGAUUGCGAUGCGGGCACACAAACUGAUUUCGUAUCAAUGAAACCGACACGAAGACGUGCACGCAGUGAAAACGAUGACUCAAUGUCCGAAAAUGAAUUUGAGUAUAUUCGUUAUAGUCCACCAAAUAGUCCCGAAGGUGUCUAUUGGAUAAAACGAAAGAAGCAUAAAAAGAAAACCAGAUAUCGAAUGUCAAAUAAACCACGAAAACGUGUGGUUAUGGUUGAAGAAAUUAAGCGAAAAAUUCGCACGCCAAUCAAAGAAGAGAGCGAAGAAUUCGUUGGCCAAUCACCGCCACGAACCUAUUUUGAGACAAAGACCAGCAUUUUACGUCGAUUAAAAAACGAAAAAUCACCCCAUAAACAUGGACACAAACAAAAAAGUGGACAAUCGGCCGGUCUAAAAAAGGACGUUCUGAUGGAAAUAUCGGAUUCAUUUGAUGAAUUUCAUCCGGAAUACAAUAUGAAUAGUUCGGAAAGACGUAAACAAUUUCAAAAGGAUCAUUCGAAACGUAUUGAAUAUUAUGAGGACAGCGAUGAAGCGAAUUUAGAAUCGGAUAGUGAAAUUGUCAUACGACGAAAUAACUAUUCAGCUGACAGUCUCGAAGAAUAUUCGGAUAUUGAAGAAAUGAGUAGACAGGAAAAACAACGAAACUAUCGAAAUGUAAUAUUUUCACGACAAGGCUCUUCAACGGAGGCCAAGGAAGCAGCUGGCUAUUAUGAUUCGGAUGGAAGACGAUACAUUCAUAGUGUCGCAUCAACGCCAGCCUCAAAACGAACGUCACGCAAAGAGACCGAAACUGAUCAGGAUCGAGAAACGCGUCAUCGUCAAACCACAUCCGAGCCACCGUAUCGUCCAACAAAAACUAAAACACCAAAACCAUUACAACAUCGUCAUGCCCGUCGUGUGGUUGCACAAAGUGAAGCCGAUUUAAUAAAUUGCAUGCGAGACGAUGGAUUCGAAGUUUCGAAACAUGUGACAUCAGCGCCUCGAUACAUGGAAUGGUAUUACAAUAAAUCAAAAGAAAGUGACUUGGAAAAAAAGCGAUUAGACGAUUACCGAAAUGAAAAGGAAAAGAGUAAAGUUGGAAAUAAAAAAAUGGUGGGCGGCAUUGAGAAGCGCAUUAAAUCAAAACGUUCUAAUGAAACGACCACAAAACCAGAUCCAAUGCCACGAACAGCGGCACCACCACCAAAAGGCGCUAGAAUGUUAAAGGAAGAUGUGAAGAAAAAUAAAUCGUUUGCCCAAAAAUCUCAAAUCGAUACCAAUCAUCCGCUGUUACAAUACUCGGAGCAUCGUUAUGAACAUGAGUAUCACGGUGCACCCGACAUACCUGUACCACCUACAAAACUUCCGCAUUAUAUGUAUCCGGAAACGCCGCCAUUGGCAAGCAUUGAAAGUAGCAGAAAGAGCAAGAUUCAAGAUAAAGCCAAACCGAAACCAUCACCAAUACACGAACAUGAAGUAAAAGAGCAUUCAUCACGUCAUUCAUCUCAAAGUGAAAUCAAUUCAAAUCAAAAUGCUUCAAAGCAAUUGAAUGCAUCAACAUUGGAAGAUGAUCAUGAUUCGGGCAUUGCAAUGAAUUCAUUACUGCAUAGCUUGGGCAAACGGAAUCCCAUCGCUGAUAAAAAGAGUGUCUUCACCAUUGCCUAUGACGAAGCAAAAAUCAGUAAAAUUCAAUCAGAAAGUGAUUCACCACAAGUAUCUUGAAUUUUUUAUAAUUUUACAUUCGCUCACUUGACAUGAAAUACAGAUCAUAACAAAGCUGCCCACGAACAGUUCAACCAACGAACGACAAAUAAAAUAAAAUUUAUACGAACGACCGAUUAUAGUCAAUCGUUGACGUUCGUGCCCAGCUCUUGAUCAUACACAUACAUAAUAUCUCAGUGCAUGCAUAAAUGAAAGCUAUUUUUUUAAAUUAAAUUAACUCGUGGACCGCCGGAUGAUAUUAAUUAUACGCAAAGCGUUCCAUUAUAUAUUUAUGUAAAUAAAUUGUUUGAAAUAUCCAGAAACUGCCAUAAAUUUAACCAAUU